CAUUAAUGGGUUUGAUACAAGUCGAAUGGGAUAAAUAUCACUGGGAUUAUGUCACGAGGAAAUGAUGGCUCUGAUUUUGUUGUUAAAUUAUCUUGUUUUUGUAUAUUGAGCCAGUCGCUAACGCAGUCGAGCAGAAUGCUACCAUUAAUAUUUAAGCAAAAGUUCUUCAUCGCUGCUUUUAGAAGCUGUUUGAAUUUGAGAAUCUUACAGGAUAAAACAUGUCUGCCGACACAAAGAUCGCAGAGCUGCUGACGGAGCUCCACCAGCUCAUCAAACAGACUCAAGAGGAGAGGUCACGCAGUGAACACAAUCUGCUCAAUAUCCAGAAAACACACGAGAGGAUGCAGACGGAAAACAAAACAUCUCCAUAUUACCGCACCAAACUGAGAGGUCUGUACACGACAGCAAAGGCCGACGCGGAAGCAGAGUGCAGCAUCCUGCGCCAUGAUCUGGAUAAAAUAGCAGAGAUCAAGUCUCUGCUGGAGGAGAGACGGAUCGCUGCUAAGAUGGCUGGUGUUUACAGCAACAGCGACCCCCCCAGGAAGACAAUGAGGCGUGGCGUCCUGAUGACACUCCUCCAGCAGUCGGCCAUGACACUCCCACUGUGGAUCGGCAAGCCCGGAGAGAGUCCACCCCCUCUGUGUGGGGCGACACCAGCUAGCAGCGAUUACGUGGCCAAACAGGGAGACAAGGUGGCAGCAAGGGUGAAAGCUGUUGAUGGAGAUGAGCAGUGGAUUCUGGCUGAGGUGGUUAGCUACAGCCACUCCACCAACAAAUAUGAAGUGGACGACAUCGAUGAGGAGGGCAAAGAGAGGCACACUCUAAGCAGACGGAGGAUCAUCCCUCUUCCUCAGUGGAAAGCCAACCCAGAGACAGACCCUGAGGCCCUGUUCAGUAAAGAUCAGCUGGUUCUAGCCCUCUACCCGCAGACCACCUGCUUCUACCGGGCCCUGAUCCACUCGCCACCACACAGGCCGCAGGAUGAUUACUCUGUGUUGUUUGAGGACACAUCGUACCCCGACGGGUAUUCUCCUCCACUCAACGUGGCCCAGAGAUACGUGGUGGCCUGCAAGGAGAACAAGAAGAAGUGAUGCACGACUGGAAACCAGAUGUGAGCUGAACGCAGCCUCUCCGUGAACAUGAUUAGACUCAAAAAUGCUUUUGAGUCACGUGAAAUACUCUGGAAUCUGGGGCUCUGAUUGUGUUUUAAAAGAAUUUAGAACAAGGUAGAUUGUUUACUGAAGUGUCAUCCACAGACCCAUUGAUCAUUAAGGAAAUUCGGUUAUUUUAACCAACAGCUGUUUUCUCAGAGGUCACUGGUUAGCUGGAAGAGGACAUAGCGGGCUGCUGUGAGACAACUCUGCAAUUAUUCAGCCCAAAUUUGUUUUCAUGUUAAAUGUUAUAGAAGUUAAA